AACACACAAGACUCCCAAAGUAAACAAAGAUGGCUUCAACUUCAACAGUCUUCAUGAAAACAAUCUUUAUCGUACUAAUCUUUGUCUCUUUUACAAUCUCCCCUGCAACUUCAACGGCGCCGGAAAACUGCGGAAUCGAGUCAGCCAACCAGUGCAUCGGCAAGGCUAAAGCUUUGCCUCUCAAAAUCAUAGCCAUUGCCACAAUCCUAGUGUCAAGCAUGAUUGGUGUUGGAGCUCCUCUCUUUAGCAGUAACGUGCCGUUCCUCCAGCCGGACCGGAACAUUUUCACUAUCGUUAAGUGUUUCGCCUCAGGGAUUAUCCUAGGAACCGGUUUUAUGCACGUUUUGCCUGAUUCUUUCGCGAUGUUGUCAUCACAAUGUCUUGAAGAGAACCCGUGGCACAAGUUUCCGUUCUCAGGGUUUCUCGCUAUGUUGUCCGGACUAGUCACUUUAGUCAUUGAUUCCAUGGCUACGAGCAUCUACUCUAGCAAUAACACAGAUGAGGUCGUACCACAUGGGCAUGGAAAUGAUUUUACAUUUCCAACAAAAGAUGAAGAUUCUGCACAACUCUUGCGAUAUCGAGUCAUUGCUAUGGUAUUGGAACUUGGAAUCAUAGUUCAUUCUGUGGUCAUUGGACUAUCUCUUGGAGCAACAAAUGACAUUUGCACCAUAAAAUCCCUCAUUACAGCUCUUUGCUUCCAUCAAAUGUUCGAAGGCAUAGGUCUUGGUGGUUGCAUUCUCCAGGCCGAGUAUACGAACUUGAGCAAGUUUCUUAUGGCGUUCUUUUUUGCCAUAACAACUCCAUUCGGAAUAGCACUAGGGAUCGGUCUUUCAACAAUUUACAGAAACAAUAGCCACACUGCAUUGAUCACCGUUGGAUUGCUCAAUGCAUGCUCCGCGGGAUUGCUCAUCUACAUGGCGCUUGUGGACCUUCUAGCGGCCGAUUUCAUGGGAGCAAAGCUUCAAGGUAGCGUCAAAAUGCAGAUCAAGUGUUUCAUUGCGGCUCUUCUAGGGUGUGGUAGCAUGUCGGUUAUCGCCAAAUGGGCUUAACCAAUUCCCCGGAUAGUACUGCGGAGCUGAACUCAUGCGAGUUUUGUUGUUGAACUAAAAACCGUUUUCGUUUUAAGUCUCAACUAGAUUUUGACCCGCGCUUGGAAGCGCGGAAUAUUUUACGAUGAAAAAUUUCACUAAUAAUAUAACAAAUAUUUUGGUAAUUUUAAAGAGUGUAUUUAGAAUAUUUUUGCAUUUAAAUCAGUGUUUUUUAAUUCAACCCGAUUGUGAUUAUACCGGUUAAUCCGGAGAUCUGACAAUUCAAUUUAGGUUUUUAAAAUAUUCAUAUUAAAAAAAAUCAUUAAAAUCCGAGACUAACCGAUUGAACUGUUGGAUGACCGGUACGUAAUCUAA